AUGCUAUUAUGCCAACAUGCAACAGAGUGCGCAGCUGGGCGUACGGCGUGGCAGGAGGCGGCGGCGCUUUCGGUGGGCGGCGGCGGCGCGGGCGCAGGCGGCGCGGCGAGGCGGUGCUCCGUGCUCGGCGAUCAUCCGGGCGCGCGCCGCGACCCUCGCAAAUGGCACAGGAACAACCGGGUGCGAGACGCGUCAUACGGGUCGUCAUCAGAGUCGGACGGAGAGGCGGAGGGUGCUCCAGGAGAGCCGUGGGGCGUGGCGCGUCUUCUUUACGCCGGCCUUGGGAUCCUUGCUCUGGGCCUCGUCGUAUACUUCGUCGGCACCGGCGACAAGGGUUUCAAGACACCAGCACUCCGUCUGGUGGGCCCCUCCCUCAUCAUCGCUGGGCUUGCAUGCUGUCUACUGCGCAUCGCCUUCUGCAUAUUUGCAAAGCCAUGCUGCCGACGGCGGACCAAUUACAAGGAGAGCAGAAGGUAG